CAGUUACUUAAAUUAUAUUUCUUCAGCGUUGGCGAGCUGGCUGUUAGGAAAACGCCCGCACCGCCCGUCGAGAUAAUAAGACCACAGCCUGAAUACAUAUACUGCUUGCCAGAACAAAUUAACUUCGUUAACUUCACUCUGGGACCUACUCAUACUCAACAUCUCCGAUUAAUCAACGUAUCGAAGUUUGAAAUUCGUCUGUCUGUGUCACUGCCGAAGCGUAGCGAGCUUAAUGUAGAGCUUUCCGGUUCUCAUGGUCUACGGGUCACUUCCGGCUCAAAUACUGAAUUUAAGAUACACUUCCACCCGAACGACGUGCGCGCUUUUCGUGACGAGCUGCGUAUACGCACCUCUUUGGGCAAAGGAUUGCUUGUGCCAAUCACCUGUUACAUGGAGCCACCCGAGUUGAACAUUUUCGUGCAUAAAAUGGAAACACCAGUUUUCACCAGCACUGACCUCAUGGCUUUCAAAAUCUCCGAAAAUCAAGGGAAUGUUAUAGAUUUGGGUGCCAAGCUAUUGGGAGAUCAGCAUUCUGCUUCACUGGUACUUCAAUGUAACGCAGCCCAUGCAUCAUUCUUUCUCCUUACUGAAGACGCUUGGCUUGAAUGCAAUAUUGAGGAGCUGACUGCAAAAGGAAACUUAAAAACCGGCCCAUUUACCAUCCAUCCGGCCUGGUGGUCCGGCGGCGGUAUCGUUCGCGGUAUCGUCCGUUGUCACGCCUCGGAUCCGGGGCUCCACAGCGCUGAAAUAAGAGUCCUGUCAUCUACGGCUGUGACUAGGUUGUUCCAUGUUGUCGCUGACUCGGUAUAUUAUGAUCCUGCGCAUAUUACGAUUCAGGCUCAUGAGAAGGAUUACGAUAUAAAUAGCGAAGAUGAUCCUGAUUGCGAGUACUAUGUAAACUUGGGCACCGCUUUCCCGAAUCGUCCUUUAUCCGCUACAAUACAAAUCGUUAACUAUAGUCCACUUUCAUACACAUUUUCCUGGAAAUCAAGGCGUUGGGGUGUAUGCUCGUGCUGGCAGGAGAACUUGGCUUCAAGAUCUGUUUUGGAGGAACAAGAGGAAACAAGCAGUCAGUUGUGCCCUGGAGCACAAGCUGCUAAGGAGGCUGGAGAGAAGUUAGUAGACCCUAGCUCGGAUGAAAUCACUCAUCGGGUACGACUGGAGCCGGACAUAGCUAGUGUGCGCGACCGCAGCGCGUGCGCUGUUCGAGUUCACAUGCCCGACACCGGCGCGCACAUAGGGACACACCGCACUGUGCUGCAAUUAAUUUUGGAGAGCAUACCAAUAGAAUGCUUCAAGUCCGAGUGCCAACCAAGUAUAGUAUGCACAAGAAAAACGGAUGAACUUGGCCCUGAUGGAACAGUUUGGACGCACACAGUUUGCGAUAUCGUGCAAGCUCAACUAGAGGUCUGGUGGAACGUGGUACCUGUUCGUUUUGUGCUGGACCCAGUCGUGGUACCCCUCAUUCAUUCAAGAAGGGUGAAAGCUGUUCCAGUCUCGUUGUGCGCGACGCAACUGUACGGUGUGGAUGAAAUCUCCACACUUUGGCACUCUACAGCUCCCAUGGUGCUGCCAUCAGGCUUGGAACUCUCUCCCUUUGAUACAAUUGGAGCUAAAUUGGUAGUGCCACUACCGUUGCUUCCCAAUGAGUAUCCUGAGGAUGAUGUUAUAACAUUGAAAACAGGAACGGACGAGUGGUCUGUGAACUGCCACGUGACACGCGCAUGCGCGACAAGACACCCAGGUUUAGCUCCAGCGCGCCAUUGGCUGGGCGUUGUCGUGCCUGGAGCCAAGAUGUGUGCCAAAAUGGAGAUCUUCAACGAUACCUAUCAGGAUAUCUGCUGGUGGGCGACUCCGUACCGCUGGACGGGCGAGAAUCCGCCCAGCAAAUCGUGCGCGCAAACCGAUCAUGUAUGCGAUGUAUGUCUCGAACGCGCUUGCACGUGCUCGCUACUCAGACCUAGUAGAGGAAGUUUGGCUCACAACAAGCGCUCCAGGAUCGAAUACCAUGUCCAUGCGCCUAUGACUGACCGCAUCGUAGCCACACUGGUGAAACUGACCCGCACAGCUCCUGACACGGCAAUAAUACCAGGCGCCCCGGCCUGCAAUUCAAGGGCCACCUUGCUGGCUUACCGGGUCAUUGCGCCCCGUCUGGUGUUAGAAGUAUUUCCUUGCGGUGGCGACAAGAAGGGCGAUUGCGAAGCGUGUGACUUGGACCCUGGCGUGAAUACCCGAGGCUGCGCCUUGUUGCGACCCAGCCAAGUAUUGACUCCUUGCUGCUGUUCAUGCUAUAAGCUGCGGAUAACUAACACUACCCCCAUAGCCACCACUGUGCGUUGGGAGGCACCCCUUGAUGGCGAAGAAUUUCUCAAAGUGAAGUUUUUACCGAACGAUUUCGAAAUCGGAAGUUACAACGAAAAACAAAUAUCGGUAAUAUUGGAGCCUCGACGAGUGUGCAAGCGCAGAUUGUUCGUGUUUAGAGCGAAGGUCGCGCAUGCGUACAAGCCGCUUUAUCUUCUCAUCGACACUGCUAUAGAUGGUGUUCGAAUAAUCUGCGAAGUGCCUCUGGGUGGAGGUGAGAGGAACGAUUCCAUCAUUGCUCUUCGCGUAAUACAGAGGGAGAUAUAUCCACGGGACAACACCAAUAAUCCCACUACACCAGACGAGUGUUUUGAAGCCGAAGACCGCAAGAGAGCCAAAUUGCAAGAAAAUAUAUGCGAAUGUAAAUUUGAGUUGAAGUAUAUUCCACCGGUAAAACCUCUUCGACGGCCGUUGUCCAAACCGGGUUCUCCAGAAAUAGUGACUUUGCCUGCACCGUUGACGAGAGUUUGCGAGUGCUUCGGCAAGACAAUAGCAAUAGUCCCUACUCAUGAAGAGCCUUGCUGCUUACAGUUCAGAAGCAUUCCUAUAAAAACAGUGAGAUCGCGGAGGCUGACGCUUCGCAACGAUGGCAAGGUGACGGCACGAUGGAGGAUGGUGGUCCGACGCUGGCCACGCCAGAGGAAUCGAGUGGCCACUAUAGACGCAUUAACUUUUGGAGGCGACCGAUGGGCGGGCGACGUGCGAUCGCCGGGCGUUGCGAUUCAGUGUACCCCGGCUAAAGGAAUCUGCAUGGUCGGUCAGAGCGUGGACAUACUCGUGCAGGUGUACGCGGACUGUUGGGGGCUAUACUAUGACCAGAUCAUGCUGAUGGUGGACCACGUAGAACCCAUCGUCGUGGACGUGUGGAUUGAGGUGGUCGGGCCGGUGCUGCAGUUUGUGACUCACUGUACGCUGCCGGAAUUUGAAUCCACUAUGUGGUUGUCAACAUCGGAUCCGCAGAGCACGCUGCGAGUGAAGAACACGUCGCGUUCUCAGCUUACUAUACAUGCUUACACACUUCUAGAACAUGAACACUUUCAAAACACUUUGCCCUUCAGACUGUACAUGCGGUUCACGGAUAAUUUGAAGCCCAUCUGUCCUUGUUCCAAAUUUCCUUCUAGCGAUUCUUUAGCCACUAGCGAGGAAUCUUUCACGUUUUCGGACAAAAUGUAUACUGGUAUUGAGGUGUACCUAGCGGACGAUCACGGACUACAAGGCGAGGAAUAUUAUAAGGUAGAACCAACCGUUUGUUCAGUGACGCCUGGAGAAUGGAAGGAGUGGCGCGUGAGUUUGAAUCCCUUGGUAGGGGGCGAGAUCGCGCCGCCUGGACUGGUGCUGCUGAGAACUAUUCCAAUUGACGAUCGAGGAAACCACUGGUUCCGCUGGGAACCAGCACCAGCGCGGGUGGGCGUCCGACAAGCGCCGCGCGCACCUGUCCUACGUACGUCGUGCAAGGAGGUGCGCGCGCAUAUGUGCGCGCUAGAACUGCAUUACAACGAAAUUGCUAGGGUUCGUAAGCGGUUCCGAAUACGGAACAUCGGCACUGCUCCACUACUGGUGCACUGUGCGACGGAGGCCCCAUGGCAGAUCGUCGUGAACAAACAGCCCAACGAUUGUGAGUGUGGCUGCGAACAUGAGCUGGGCGAACGGCACGAUGAGGUCGAGCUGAUGGUGGAACCCUGGAGCUCGACUUCGAUGUGCGUAGAGGUCACGGUGGAUACCGCAGAAAUGUGGCCAAUUGUUGAAGAAGAAUAUGCCGACGACAAGAAGUGUAUACUCUCGAGUUACCCUCCUAAACGUGAGGUCACCGGUCAACUUGUGUUCUCCUGCGAGGAAGGGAUUUUUGAGACGUUGCCACUGAUACUAGAUGUAGAUUUUCCCCGCCUGUCUCUCGAGCCGGAAGCCAUUGAUUUUGGAUUCGUCACUCACGGAGACACACGAAAGACAUACUUUUCAGUAUGGCAUUCAAGCCUAAGCGCGACCAUCACACUAGGUGUGGUGUGGGACGGUAGCGCGAAGCUGCGGCUCUAUCCUCGCCACUUGCGCGUCGAGCCGGGGAAACGCGAGCAUGUCUACCUCCAGUACACUGCUGAUUGGACAGGCGCCCCAAUACCAAUAGAAGGCUGCAUCCGUGUAGCGGCCGCCGCCGGCGCGGGCGCGUGGUGCCGCGGCGCGCUGUACGUGCGCGCACAGCCCGCUCGCGACGCCAAGUUUAGUCAGGAGGUGCAUGAUCACACGGAUCAGUGGAACCUGUGGCCCCCGACACUGCCUCGGCUGUGAGAUCGCGGUUUUUGCGAAGAUCUUGAGCGAACACAGUGGAUAAAUCAAAAUAAAGCUCAUUUGAAAGCAGAUUUCUAUCUUUUUAACUUUACUGUUCUAUAUUUUAUAAAAUGUUUCAAUAAAUGUCGCUAUCAC